GGUUUUAUGUCGCUGGUUGCAACUGUUUAUUUUUAUUUCAUAUGCAGAAUAUUUAUAACGCUAAAUGCGAACUAGCGGAAUUUCUGUUUUUGAAUUAUGUUUGAAAGCGAUGAUUGGACUUUUGAAGAUGCGUUUGACAUUGACGAGAAAACAAUACAGUCUCAUUCUCUAUGUGAAAACGAGGAAGAUGCGUCAUCUGUGAAACGGCGUAAACUGGACAACUGCAAGGUUUUUUCUUCAUCGGAUAAUAGUCUUAAUUCAAAUGUAAAUGUUGCAACAAAAGACAACAAUUCGUCUCAUAACAAUAAAAGCAAUAUAUCACGAGAUCUGUUAGUAGGAAUUUUCCAGGAAAACACUUCUCAAGAAAUAUUCAAUCUUGCAAAAGAAAUAAGUAAUCCAUUAAAUGAUGUACAAGACGAGAUGCAAUGUUUUCCAUUAUGUAAAACAAAUAUAUCGUACAAGAAAUCUAAAGAAAAGAAUCGCAUUAAAUCUGUAAAUAAAGUAAAACUUGGUAAAGAAGUAAAGUUUGUUAGAAUAUUCCCUGGGCCAGCUGGCCUAGUAUCGGAUGUUAAAACUGACAAUAUUCCUAUUGUAUCGUAUCUAAACAAAGUAAGGGAAUUGGAAGAUAAAGUAGCUGUUAAACAUAUCGAGAUUAAGUCACAGGAUGAGAAAAAUUUGUUUGGAGAAAAAGCUUGGAAAUUUUUACUUAAUGAUGUAUCAGACAAGUUUUUAGAGGAGUGUAGAAUUUCUGUUAUUAAAAAAAAGGCAAACGCUAAUCAUUGGGAUAAUUCAAAGGUAAAAUUUUUAGUAGGUAUAUUAGAUUAUAUCGACCAUAGUCAUGAUGAUCCAUUUAUUGUAUUAAAAGACUCGACAGAUAAUAUAGAAGGCACUAUUCACCGUGAUAUUGUAUUAAAAUAUCCAGGUAUAUUAGAACCAAAUGUGGUUAUUCUUUUACAUGACGUAGGAUUGUUAAAAACAACAACAUGUGUAAUAACAAAUAAAUAUCACAUUUUAGUAUCUCAAGUAAAUUUACUAGCCAUAUAUUCCGAUAAAGGUCGUAUUGUAAGUACGUCUCGUAUGGAAAAUAUUUUAUCAAAUUUUGAAUUAAAUAGAGAUUAUUCUAUGUCAGUUUCAAAACGAUAUAUUUCUGGAUUGCAAGGGAUGUACGAAAAUUGUAACAUACCGUCGCAAGAUAAUUUUUCUGUUAAUAUUAAAUCAAUCAAGGAAGAUUGCAAAUCUGCAUUGAUAAACGAUCCGAUAUCACAUCAGUCAAGCAGAAAAUACAAAAAUUGCAAACAAAUUCUUAAACAGGACAUUGAAAAUCGUAAAGAUGAAAUAUUUGAAAACUCUAACUUUUUUUCGAUAAACACUUCGAAUAAUUUAGAUACAAAUAAUAUUUUUUUGACUAAUGACUGCGAGUUUACAAUUUUGGAAAAGCAGAAUUGUCUUAAUUCUGAAAAUAUUUUGUUUAAUAACAAAAUUCAAUGCGAAUUACAAGCGCGAAAUACGAACUACUUAGAAAAUACGAGAAAAGAAUCGGUAAUAAAUUCUCAAAAUCAGAUAAGAGAGAAUCACUUAUCGCAAAGUUUACAGAAAGGCGUCGAGGACGUAGAAAUUUUUAAUUCACAUUAUUCGCGUGAAAGUUGUCUUUCAUCUUACGAUGGUAUAGCGCAUGAAGUACAUAAAAAUUCGAAUUUGAAUAUAAAUUCUACAUUGCCGGAAAUAAAGCGUAAAUCGGAUAAUUCGAAAACUUUAGUAAACUACUUUACUGAUGUUAACGAGUACGAUUCAGACGACGAGAUCUUAUCACAGUUGGACGUAGAUAAUGUCUUUAUUGAUUCUAAAAAAAAGUGCUAAAGCAUGUUUCUAUGUAAAUUCAUUGAUAUUACAUUGUAUGUUACAGCAAUAUUACAAUUACAAUUAAUCGAGAUAAAUAUAGAUAGUUGCGAUUAGAUUUAGAUGAAUGUAACAUUAAUGUAACUGUUGUAUAAAAAAAUAAAUUUAUGCGAUGCGUUAUUAUUAUGUUAUAUUUGUUAUAUGCGGUCGUAAAAUAAUUCGACUUUAUUGUCGAAUAUUGUACUAUAAUGUGAAUAUAUAUGGUGUAUAUUUUUCUAUCCUUAAAUUAUAGAGUUAUUAUAGGUCAAGCUAUUUUUUUAUAAAAUCGUAU